ACCGCCCUUUUUGGAGCACCGAAAGAAGAACAGCGUUACAUGCGUCGAGGGAAAUAUUAUCGUAAAGCAACUUUCUGAAGCAACCCAGCGAAACUCGAAAGAAGGUCAAUGAUGGCGGCUGAAGUGGAGGUGGAGCUGGAGGUGGAGCUGGAGGACGGCAACGAGUACCCGGCACAUUACAAAGUCAUGAUGGACAAACUUAAUGAACAACGGCAGCUGGAUCAGUUCACAGACAUCACCUUGAUUGUGGAUGGACACCAGUUCAGAGCCCAUAAAGCGGUGUUGGCAGCAUGCAGCCAGUUUUUCCACAAGUUCUUCCAAGAUUUCACGCAGGAGCCACUGGUGGAGAUCGAAGGAGUGAGCAACACGGCCUUUAGCCAGCUGAUGGAGUUCACGUACACGGCGACGCUAGUCAUCGUCGGAGAAGAAGAGGCCUAUGACGUCUGGAAGGCUGCGGAAUACCUCCAGAUGGAGGAGGCCAUCAAAGCGCUCAGCAUAAAGAUAAAUGAGAAUCCCUCGCUGACGGCCAAGGGCAAAGGUCAAAAAAGGAAGAUUGCGGAGACUUCUAAUGUCAUUACAGAAACCCUACCUUCAGUGGAAGGGGAACAGGUGGAAAUUGAGGUGAUUGGGGAAGGGGGGACCAUCGAGUUGGAGGAGACCGGGCUGGAGGAGGUGGUCGACGCUGCAAAGAAUGCUCAGGCAGCGUCCGACGACUCUGCUUUGGCUCUCCUGGCGGACAUAACGAGCAAGUAUCAGCAAGGGGAACCUCUGCACCAGGUCUUAAAGAAAGAAGAAAUAGAAGAGGAGAUGGUGUACCAGGAGGAAACGGUGACGGCCUCAAAGUUGCUGGAGAAUGUCGAGGUCGUGGAGGUGCAGAUUUCCCAAGUGGACAGCAUGUUCCGCUGCAACAAGUGCGACCGCAGCUUCAAGCUGUACUACCACCUCAAGCAGCACUUGAAAACCCACCUGGGUUCGAUGGAAAAACCACACGUGUGCGACCACUGCGGGAAAGCCUACACGCGGGAGGGCGCCUUGAAGCAGCACAUCGGCACGUUUCAUUUUGAAGCGGAGGAGCUGUCUCGGAACCAGAAACCCCAGAAGAGGGUCCACGUCUGUGAAUUCUGCAAAAAGCACUUUGACCACUUCGGCCACUUUAAGGAGCAUUUACGAAAGCACACUGGUGAAAAGCCGUACGAGUGUCCAGAUUGCCACGAGCGUUUCGCAAGGAACAGCACACUGAAGUGCCAUAUGGCGGCCUGUCAGAACGGGGCUGGAGCCAAGAAAGGACGCAAGAAACUCUACGAAUGCCAGGUCUGCAGCAGUGUCUUCAACAGCUGGGACCAAUUCAAAGACCAUCUCGUGAGCCACACAGGCGACAAGCCCAACCACUGCACCAUGUGUGACAUGUGGUUCACCCACCCAAAAGAACUAAAGGCCCACCUCAAACACAUCCAUUCCACCGAGGACAAUUCGGCGGAAGAACUGGUCCUCAGCGCCUCCGCCAUCGCGAUAGAGGGAGCCGAGACGGUUCUGCUGGACGACGGCAUCCAGGUGGAGCACGUCACGGUCGAGCCGGCGGAAGAGAUGGAGAUGGAGGAGGAGGAGGAGGAGGAGGAGGAGGAGGAGACGACGACGACGAUUACGACGGUCUUGGUGGAGGACGGAGGGGUGGCGGAGAUGUGCGAGGAGGACGUGGAGAGACUAAAGCAGGCCGGGGUGCAGAUCCAGGUGGUGCACGUGACCACAACGGAAGUGGACGGGCGUCAGGUGGAGGUGGAGGUGGAGAUGGAGGGCGAAGUGGUGAGCGUCGAGGAGGCGGAGCAAGCGGUUUCUGUCUGAGAAUGCGGAGAACGGCAGGGCUGUGCCGUAAAGGACGUGCGGGACGCUCUGACGGUCCUGAGGGGCUGCUUUGUCCUGGUAACAGACUUUUAUUUUUUUACAUCAAUAAACACUGCAUGUGCGUCCCCUCAACAUGUCCUGCCGUCACGCCGAAGACUCCGCCUCCCACUUCCUUAAUUUAUGGGCACAGCGACGCCGACGUAUCAUUUUCCCGCGACUGAUCCUGUAUUUAUGUUCAAGCCGUUUGCCAUCAUAUCACAUUUUUUCCACGACUCUUCGGUGAUUCAAUCAAUUUGUAUCAGUUUCUUUCUUCUCCCUGUGUUUCCUUAUUUCACAUCCAGUGGUGUUAUGUUCUUUUUAAUUUGAGUUGCUUGCCAAGACAAUUUGACAAUGAAUAAAAGGUUCUUUUUGCUACA